AUGGACCGAUCGUUAAAGACAAAUUCACUUGCUAGUCAUGAUGUGCCACAAUUCUACCUGCUGGUUGCAUUAUAUCUAUUGCAAGGUAUUCCGGUAGGAUUGGCUUUUGGUACAAUACCCUUUUUAUUGAAAUCUAUGGCUAAAGAUACUUCAUUCACUACGUUAGGCCUUUUCUCAAUCGCUACUUAUCCAUACUCGCUAAAGAUCAUAUGGUCGCCAAUUGUGGAUUCCAUAUAUAGUAAGAAAUCCGGGAGAAGACGGUCGUGGAUUAUCCCAAUUCAACUGAUUAGUGGUAUCCUUUUAUUCGUCAUUGGCUCUGCAAUCAGUAAGGGUAUCAUUUUUAGUGGAGUAGACGAUGCUUUCCAUGGGAGAAAUGGGGGUAUUCAUGACUUGAAUAUACUCUCGUUGACUUGGUACUUUGGUGUACUUGUGUUUUUAUGCGCAACUCAAGAUAUAGCUGUUGAUGGUUGGGCAUUGACGAUCUUGUCAAAACAAUCACUUACCUAUGCCUCUACAGCGCAAACCGUUGGCAUAAACAUGGGGUAUUUCCUUUCCUUCACGAUAUUCUUGUCGCUUAAUUCCAACGAUUUUGCCAAUAAAUAUUUCAGAUCGACUCCAAAAGAUCAUGGGCUUGUCAGUCUGGGUGGUUAUAUGAAGUUUUCUGGUGUUUUGUAUGUUCUGCUAACAUUUUACGUCAUGUUCAACACUAAGGAACGCCCACUUGAAGAUGUCUUACCAGUUGAUAUCUCUAAAAAGAAGGACGACGAGGCCAAGGUUAUGAUAGAAUAUGGUGAUGGCGAUGCUGUUGGCACUGAAAAUACAUCAAGCAUAAUCUAUACUUAUCGCUCGUUUGUCAAGAUUUUAAGACUUCCCACCGUUCGAACUUUGGCAAUCGUUCAUCUGACCUCCAAACUUGCAUUCCAAUGUAAUGAAGCAGCUACUAAUCUGAAGCUUUUAGAGCAAGGUUUCAAGAGAGAGGAUUUGGCGGUUACAGUGUUGAUAGAUGUACCGUUUGAAAUCAUCUUUGGUUACUAUGUUGCUAAAUGGAGUUCCGAUAAUGAUCACGAUGCUCACCAUGGCUUUAGCAGAUCCAGUAGAUGUGUCAGAUGGCUAGUGGGCGAGAAAGGUGUCUUGACGCCCUGGCUGUGGGGUUUUCUGGGACGUUUGGCCUCCGCUAUAUUGGGUAGUUUUGUUGUGAAAGCUUUCCCCAAAGACGGUCAAAUCACUACGCCAUAUUUCCUACUGGUCAUUGUACAACACUUGCUGGGAUCAUUCAUGUCCACGAUACAAUUUAUUGGUAUCUCGUCUUUCCAUACAAGAAUUGCAGACCCUGUGGUUGGUGGAACCUAUAUGACUCUGCUGAACACUUUGAGCAAUUUUGGUGGUACUUGGCCAAGAUUAAUUAUAAUGUCGAUGAUCAAUUACUUUAGUAUCUAUGAAUGCUAUGUUCCUGCCACGAACAACAAAUAUCAAUAUCGCGGUAAUGGUAUGGAGAGUUGCACAAAGGGCCUUAUGGGCAAAGUAUCUGUAGUGCGUGACGGGUAUUAUAUCACCAACGGACUAUGUGUGGUGUUUGGUAUUCUUCUGUACUUCAGGUUCCUGAAAAGGAAAGCACAACAAUUGCAAAGUCUACCGGUCAGUGCAUGGCGUUGCGAAUGA